AUGCCAUCUCCAUCACCAAUCUACCACAACUCGGCAGCCAUCGAAUGGCGCUUCCAAUCGCACAGACGAAGUCCCUCUCAGUCAGAGUUACACGUUCAAAGCUUCCACCGCCUUCUUCCUAACUACGCUGAGACACCCCUCCACAGCCUCCAGUCGUUGGCCAAAGAGCUCAACCUCGGACACGUCCUCCUGAAGGACGAGUCCCUCCGUCUUGGCCUGCCCUCGUUCAAGAUCCUCGGUGCAUCAUGGGCCGUGUACCGCACCGUGAUUGAGCGGCUGGGUCUCGACGCUCAGUCAUUCCUACGCCAAAACGAGCAAUAUCUCGACUUGAGUUUGCUCGGAGCGGCAGCUCAUCGGAAGGGGCGUGACCUGAAACUUGUCACAUGCACCGAAGGGAACUGGGGCCGGGCUGUGGCGAGGAUGGCACGGUACAUGGGUAUUCCCGCUGUGGUCUAUGUGCCGGCGCAUAUGCCCGAGACGACGCGGAAUAUGAUCAGGGGCGAGGGGGCUGAGGUGAGGGUUGUGGAUGGGGACUACGACGUUGCUGUCGAGGCGACCAAGGAGGCGGCGAUGGUUGAUGGGUCUCUGCUGGUCAUGGAUAUCAGUUGGGAGGGCUAUGAAACUGUUCCACAGUUUGUUGUCGAAGGCUACCAGACCAUGCUACAUGAGUCAGAUGAGCAAGUGCUUCGCGUGACGGGCGGGAAAGCAGCCACGCACGUCAUUGUGCCUGUUGGAUGCGGAUCUAUUGCCCAGGCGGUGGUACAGCACUUCAAGAGCGCGGUGAGGGAACCAAUCGCGGGUUCGGCGGCUGCUGUGCUCGCGGUUGAGCCAGACACGGCCCCUUGCUUGAAGACUUCGCUCGAGAACGGGAGGGCAACCGGUGUGCAGACGGGGGAGAGCAUCAUGUGUGGGAUGAAUUGUGGGACUCUAUCUACCACGGCGUGGCCUACCUUGAAAUCAGGGGUUGAUGCCGCCAUGGUUGUAAGUGAUAUCGAGGCGCAUCAUGCCGUCUUGGAGCUGGAGGCACUUGGAGCGACAUCAGGCCCCUGUGGAGCGGCGACAUUGGCAGCACUGAAGAAGGCAUGUUGCAUCGAGAACAUGAAGGCCCGGUUGGGGCUUUCAGAAAGCUCGGUUGUGGUCCUGUACUGCACUGAAGGUUCGAGGGAGUAUGCAGCGCCGGCCUGA